CUCUCAUUCUACGCCUCCUGAGCCUUCCCCUCAGUAGUCUUGAGAUCUGUUGUAAGUCCUCUAUUCUUACAGUCCAUUGUUUGCUUCUUUGUAGUCUUGCCUUCAGCUACGCCACACCACUCCUUGUUCAACAUUUUGUAUGGAGAUAAGAAAAGAUUGUUAUGCCGCGCCACCCCCCAGAACCCUACAAGACCCCGGACUUUGCGUCAAGCCCCUCACACGUGAGGGGCUUGUGUCGAACCUACGGCUCGAGCCUCUGUCCGGCUACCCUCUCCAUCCGUCAGAAUCGCGUCCACAGACUUCCCGUGCGAGCCUUCGUGGUUCCGUCCUGGAAACGGGCGAGGUAUCCUCCGGGUGCUUGGCUGGGUGCGCACGCACACUCGGCGCGACAAGCUUGACGUCGCGUAGCCGUUCGACCUCGAAAUCUGAGUCAUUGAGGCCGGGCGGGCUAACGAGCACGCAACGAUUCCGUGCAGCUCGGUCUGCCGCUUGUAGGCCAUCCGUUCGAGUGGUGGUGAUGGAAGUCGCGUGGCCAGGGCGCGAGGAGGGCGACGUGAACGUGGAUGAUCGGAGAGACGGUGGGGCUGAGAGGUCACGCCCUGCUAGCGCGCAGAUGGUCCCGAGUGCGGGUGGAGGGAUCAGGCGCGAGGACGUGACCGGGCAAGCGAGUGAACGGGUGGCGAGGCGGUGGGCGCAUCGAACGAGAACAGGGAGGCGAUGGACGGGUGCGCAGGUUGUGGUCGUGGAGAGGACGAGUUCGGUGGCGCGUAGCUAGGAGGCCAGGGAGUAGAUGGUGGGGGGUGAGGGACUGUGAUACUCACCGGAGUCGUGCAGACUCUCCUCUCCUCUCUGCCAAUCUCCGUGCUCCUCUCCUCGCCGUGUCCCGACCUUGCGCUAGUCGGGGCAUCCUCAGGGUGUCUUGAAGCACGCGUCGACGCGUCCUGCGAGGUGCGGGAUGC